AUGAAGACUAAAACCAAAGGAAAGAAGCAAAGGCAUACUGCUGGCAAAGAAGCAUUUUCUGAGGAGUCAGUAAUGAGAAAAAAAGACCUGGUGAAACGUUUGCGACACAAGGAAGGGAGGAAUGGGGGAAACAAGGAGAGCAGCAAGAUCACUACAGCCAGAGCCAAGCAUCCUUGGAGCAAUAAGGACAGGCAUUUGAGGAGGCUGGAAAGCAACGAGCGGGAGAGGCAGAGAAUGCACAAGCUCAACAACGCGUUCCAGGCUUUGCGGGAGGUGAUCCCUCAUGUGAGAGCUGAAAAGAAACUUUCCAAAAUAGAGACACUCACGUUGGCCAAAAAUUACAUUAAAUCCUUGACCUCCAUUAUACUCAAUAUGUCCAACGGACACUUUCCAGCAGCAGAAGGAAUGGGGGCAGCCUUGGGGUCCAAAUUGUACCAGCAUUAUCAACAGCAACAUGGGGAUGAUGACAAUGAGGAACAUCUACAAAAAUAUUCCACAUAG